GCGUCUGUGUGUGUGUUAGUGCGCGAGUGUUAGUGAGUCAGUGAGUGAGAGGAGCCGAGGCGGCAGUUAGUCAGUCAGUCAGUCCGUCAGUAGUUGGCAGUCGGGAAGCGGAGGAGGAGGCAGCGCCACACGGGGACCCCCAGAAAUGCUCACUGAGCCCGAGCUGCCCCCCGACAUUAACAGGAUGUCUUCCAAGCGACCAGCCUCUCCGUAUGGGGAAGCAGAUGGAGAGGUAGCCAUGGCGACGAGCAGGCAGAAAAUGGAAGACGAAGGCAGUGAUGGCCUCCCUGCUUUUCAUCUUCCCUUGCAUGUGGGUUUUCCCAGCAAGCCUCACUCUGAAGAAUUUCAGGCCGUUUCUUUGCUGACGCAAGAAAGUUGUGACCGUAGAAGCCCCUCAUAUCAACUCAACUCAAUGGAACUUGAUUGCAAUAAAAUGUCAGCAUUUGCCCUGCACAACGUAGCUACCUCACCCAUGAAGGCAGAAGAAGUGGGGCGCCAGAGCGGGGACUCUUUAUCCAACUCCAUGCUUGGAACCCCCGAGAGACGCAAGGGCAGUUUAGCGGAUGUUGUGGACACCCUAAAGCAAAGGAAGAUGGAAGAGCUCAUUAAGAGUGAACCAGAAGAAACUCCCACCAUAGAAAAGCUUUUGUCUAAAGACUGGAAGGACAAACUCCUCGCAAUGGGAUCAGGGAACCUGGCAGAUGUAAAAGGGACUCCGGAAAGUCUUGCUGAAAAGGAGAGGCAGCUCAUGACGAUGAUUAACCAGUUGACCAGUUUACGGGAACAGCUUUUGGCAGCGCACGACGAGCAGAAGAAACUGGCGGCUUCGCAAAUCGAAAAGCAACGGCAGCAAAUGGAACUGGCGAAGCAGCAGCAAGAACAGAUCGCGAGGCAACAACAGCAACUCCUGCAGCAACAACACAAAAUCAACCUCCUCCAGCAGCAGAUUCAGGUUCAAGGUCAACUUCCGCCCCUUAUGAUUCCGGUUUUCCCCCCAGACCAGAGGACGUUAGCGGCAGCGGCUGCGGCACAGCAAGGGUUCCUAAUCCCCCCUGGAUUCAGUUACAAGCCGGGAUGCAGUGACCCCUACCCUCUACAGCUCAUUCCAACUACUAUGGCAGCAGCCGCGGCAGCAACACCUGGACUGGCUCCUCUGCAGUUACAGCAAUUGUACGCAGCUCAGCUGGCCGCCAUGCAGGUGUCUCCGGGGGCCAAAUUACCUGGCGUACCCCAAAAUAAUCUCAGCAACUCCAUCUCCCCGAGCAGCGUCCACACAGACAAGAGCACAAGCAGCCCCCCACCCAAAAGCAAGGAUGAUGUGGCGCAGCCCUUGAACCUUUCUGCCAAACCCAAGGGUUCCGACAGUAGAUCUUCCUCAUCCCCAACCUCACCCCACAUACAACGAUUAAGCAGCGGCAGCACCCACAAGCCCAUCUCCUCCACAUCAGCAAGUACCCCCAUCAGACUCAAUUCAAUAGAUAUCUUGUCGUCUCUAACAUCCCCGGGGUAUUUGAACGACCACGACGCUGUCACCAAGGCCAUCCAUGAAGCGCGGCAAAUGAAAGAGCAACUUCGCCGCGAGCAACAGGCACUGGACGGGAAAGUCGUGAACAGUCUGGGGCUCAACAACUGCAGGACGGAAAAGGACAAAUCAUCGCUGGACGCUUUAACGCAGCAGUUGACGGGGAAACCCAAUGAAGACAAAUUCAGCCAUGCCAUGAUGGAUUUCAAUCUGAGCGGCGAUUCAGACGGAAGCGCAGGAAUUUCCGAGUCCAGAAUAUAUCGGGAAGCGCGAGGACGCGGCAGCAACGAGCCGCACAUAAAGCGCCCUAUGAACGCCUUCAUGGUCUGGGCAAAAGAUGAGAGGAGGAAAAUCCUACAGGCGUUUCCCGACAUGCACAACUCCAACAUCAGCAAAAUACUAGGUUCUCGCUGGAAGUCCAUGACGAAUCUGGAGAAGCAGCCGUACUACGAGGAGCAGGCGAGGCUCAGUAAGCAGCACCUGGAGAAGUACCCGGACUACAAAUAUAAGCCGAGGCCCAAGCGCACCUGCUUAGUGGACGGGAAGAAGCUCAGAAUCGGCGAAUACAAGGCAAUUAUGCGCAGCCGGAGGCAAGAGAUGAGACAGUAUUUCAAUGUGGGGCAGCAAACACAGAUCCCAAUUAGCACAGCGGGCGUGGUUUACCCCGGUGCCAUCGCAAUGGCGGGCAUGCCCUCUCCUCAUUUACCAUCGGAGCACUCCAGUGUAUCCAGUAGCCCUGAGCCAGGGAUGCCCGUCAUCCAGAGCACUUACGGCAUCAAACAAGAAGAGCUGCACAUCAAGGAGGAGAUACGGGGAGACAACAUCAACGGGGAAAUGUACGAUGAAUACGAUGAGGAAGAUGACCCAGAUAUAGACUACGGCAGUGACAGUGAAAACCCUAGUGCAACGCAAGCCAACUGAUAUGGACCAGAGCUGGGAACUUUGUAGACUUUCUAAGCCCAACCUGGUUUCUCCACAGUGGAGGCCAAGCACAUGAACUUUCUCAUACACUGACUGUUACUAGAACUCUUACUGGGACAUCAACUGACCAUUUCCACUGCAGUCCAAACCUACCGGCUGGGAAAAGAAGAGGAUUCAAGGAUUCCAAUCAACAAUUUCCACCAAAACAAAAAGAAAAUAAGCUAUGGGUAAAAAAAAAAAGAAGAAGAAGAAAAGCCAGUAAAUUCAGCUGCUACCCCCAAGCGCUGAAGUCUUUACCCUUCAAAUUUUUUUUUUCAUAAAAAUGAAAAAAGGAAAAAACUUUUUUAAAAAACAAAACAAAAAACUUUAUGGCUGUUUGUUCUAGAAAUUCUCACUCAGGUACACAGUGCCAACAGUGGCUUGUGAAUGUGUUUCGUUGUUUUGUGCUACAGUUUUAAGAGGAAUAAGAUUAUUAUUUUUAUUUUAGGGGGUUUUUUUCAUUGUUGUUGGUUAAUUUCACUUUGGCUGUCCCUACGGUUCUUCACUAGUGUGGGGGGGGCAGAUACUAUGGGAUUGAUUCAAUAGCAACAUUGUCUCCAAUGAUAACUCAGUCAUCGCUUCAUCGACGACAUUUCACAUCAUAUUUCUUAGCAAAAAAAAAAAAGUGCCAAAUUUUUACUCAAGUGUAGAUUUUGUUUCUGUGAUUUAGCCCCUCCCCCAUCAGUUUUCCUGGUCUGUCUUAAUUUAGGGCAGUGUUAUGUCUUAGACAAUCUUUAAAAAAAAAAACACCAGCGUAUGGUGAAUAAUGACUUUUUUCCUGAAUGGAUAUUGAAAGAACCAUUCUCAGCGGAAGAAGCCAGACAGAAAAUCAAGUUUUUGAAAAGAGAAAUAUAUUGUGAUUUGGAAUCUUGGUUCAUGCAUGUGAGAGAGUGAGAGCUUUUUACGGUACAAUUGAAGCAUAGGUGAAAUAGUGAUUUUUUUGAGGGAUAAAAUCCCACAUUUUCUUUGUGGUCAAUCUUUUAGAAGCCUUUAAUUACUCUUUGCACUUCAGUAUUCAUAUACGAAACAAUAAGGGGGCGGAGUCGAUAAAGCUUUUGCUUUAAGGCAAAAAAAUAUUUCGAAUUUAUAAGGGGGAUUUUUUUUAAGUAGCAAUAUUUGAUCAGUUUUUUUCCAAUGACCAGAUUUUUACCCAAGGUACUCUGUUCCCAUGAGGUGUUCGGAAAUCUUUUUUGAUUUCACAGAAUGUUUUUCAGUAUUUCAGUAUUUCUGUUUUUCUUUAACCAUAAAUGGAAACACAAUGAAGCGCCUUUCAUAGUCAGAAUCAGAUGGGCCUGUAGCUCUUCCCAGGCUAUGGAGGAUCUUUCUGUCUAAAGGGCACUACACUAAGGGAAUUAUUUAUUAAAGUCAGAAUGCCAAAAACUUGAAAAUUUACUAUAAAAUCUAAUUUUAAGUGAAAAAUUUUUUUAUGAUUUAUUAUACCCUGAGGCUACUAAAGGUCUGAAUCCGAAAAUACUCUGUCUCCAAGCUGUUGGGGUCCUGUAAAAGUCAACGGCAAAGGUCCCAUUUCAAAUUUGAAGAUAUCAUGGUCUGCGCUGAGAAAAGAUCAGGGUUUUCGAGAGAUUUCACGAAAAUUAUAUUUAGAUUUUAUAGAGUUUUUUCAAUGAUAAAUAAGGUCAAAUCAUG